UGCGAUAACUACACAGCUCGUUUUGGUCUAAGAUUCUUUAAAAAACAGAGUGGAUCGAUACUUGAUUUCAUGACUUUACUUAUAAUUUGAAGCUGCAUUAAAGUCCUAAAAUGGCUGGGUCUGCAUUGCGGCGGCUUAUGGCCGAAUAUAAACAGCUUACUGUCAAUCCACCAGAAGGAAUUAUUGCAGGACCGAUAAACGAAGAGAAUUUCUUCGAAUGGGAAGCUCUAAUCACGGGGCCAGAAGGAACGUGUUUUGAAGGUGGCAUAUUCCCGGCCAAGCUUGUGUUCCCGCCAGACUACCCGCUAAGCCCUCCCAAGAUGCAGUUCACUUGUGAAAUGUUUCAUCCAAACAUAUAUGCUGAUGGGCGAGUAUGCAUAUCUAUUCUCCAUGCGCCAGGAGAUGAUCCCAUGGGCUAUGAGAGCAGUGCUGAGAGGUGGUCACCGGUUCAAAGUGUUGAAAAAAUACUGUUGUCUGUAGUCAGUAUGCUAGCUGAACCCAAUGACGAGAGUGGAGCAAAUGUAGAUGCAGCAAAAAUGUGGAGGGAGGACCGAGAACAAUUUAACAAGAUUGCAGAAAGAUUGGUCAGAAGCACACUAGGUUUACCAACACAAUAACAUUCAUGUGCUAAACUCACUGACUGAGCUUUAAUAUAUCUGGUGGCUUGUAAAGUUGUAAACUAGUGUGAAAAUAUAUUUUUAGCAUAAUCUUUCUACACAAAGAGAUAAUAUGGAUAUAUACUCAAAGUUAUCUAGAGCAUGGCCAAACAAUUCACAUAUUGAUGUUUGAGUAUCUGGUUAUUGUUGUUUACAUAUAGUUGUGUAAUGGUGACACAACAAGGAUAAUUAUUUCUAUUGAUAUCAGAAAAAUGGAACUAAAUGAUGAACAUUAUUAUUAUUGCACAAAGCUUACUUCAGAAUAAUUUUAUUGUGAGAUGACUAUUAUAAUAUAAAUCUGGACAUGUAAUUAAUUAUGAUUUUUGUAUAAUUGAUUUAUUUUUUAAAUGUAGAUAUUGUAGAUUGUAGUGCCAAGCACAGAGCGAAUAAAUUUAUGACUGUUAUUCAUGUUAGACAUAGGUAUUAAAUCUGUUAACUUGGAAUGACGUAAACAUUUCGCAAUUAUCAUUGUGGUCGUAGUACUUUAGAAGCUAAAGCGCGCGGUUGUUUUUGCAAUAGACCGGGCUUGAACCCGCGAUUAUGAAAUGUAGUGAAAUCAUAUCGCUGCGUUAGCCGUGUAAAACAAUAUGCGGCUAUUACUUCAUUAGAUUAUCCGAUUUGAAAUGGGUGUGUGGGAUUGCCCUAGACGCUGCGGUGAUAGCGCAGAACUACCGCGUGUAUAAUUGGUUGUUGAUGGAUUGGGAUUGGUUAUAAGAUUAAGUUGCCGGCCAAUGAACCAAGGCCUUAUAAGACAUCGUCAACAGUAUAACGAUGUCAGUUAGUACAUGUGGCUGUAAAUAUUGAUAAAUGAGCGAAGAAUUAGAUUUAUUACGUGACAGCAUAGCGAAUUCAUUUGCAUAAUGAUUUUCAUUCAAUAUGUUAUAAUCAUGACUGUAUUUUCCUCCAAAAUAUAUCAACUUGAAGAUACAGUUCUUCCUAAAACCUGGCCCCGUAGCCGAAUGGCAUUUCUGCGGCGCCAAACGCCGCAGAAAUGAAGUCUGGCUCUGUCCCGCCAAUACGCAAGAGCGAUAGAGAUAGAUUGCGACGCCAAACGCCGCAGAAAUGCCAUUCGGCCAUGGGGCCUAGUACGACAUAUGGUAAAAUUAGUUAAUGUUAUGAAAGGUAUUUUGAUCCCUAAU